AUGCAGAUUAAUGACCAUUGUCCAAUCAGGCACAAGCUGGAGACCAAGGUGCCAUCUCUAGAGGUGAACAUAUCAGACAAGAGGAUGUUGUUGCUGGCCACUUUUCUGAAGAACUUUCCGAUACCCACCAGCUCCAGCAUGGCCACCAUCGGGGAGGACAUGGUUGACAGCCACGGGCCGAUGACACUUGCUCCCCUCCAUUUGGUAGGUGUUUGUACGAAAUCAUUUUAUUUUCUAGUUUAAGUCUACAGAAACUUUACAAUCUUUAACUUGUAAGUGAUAAAUUUUUUUUAAAAAACAGUGCUUAAGAUUCAGAUGUCUUGCUUUCUGUCUAAAUUGAUAACAAUAAUUUUGAAUUUCAGGAAUGAAUUUUUAAAAAAAUUAAUAUUAUAUUGAAAUAAUGUUUCUGUAAAUGUUUUUUUACUGACAAAAAUUGUGUGGAUUUGAAAAGUUGCGAGUAUUGGAGAUAAACAAUGACAAAAAUUUAUUAUAUGAAGUAGAGAAUUUCCACUUUAAUCUUAGUGAUAAGCAAAAGAACUGAAUUUUAACACACACAAAAUUAAAUCACUUUUACAUUUCUGCAUAUACUAAAGCAUUUGAAGAGAUUCAUAUUUCGUCUAAAAUAAAUUUCUUCAUAAAAAUUAUUCUAAAAUUUUCGUCUGCCUGUUUUAAUUUUUUUUAGAAGAACAGUUAUUCAGUUUAUGAAGAAUCAGCUUUAUACUUGGUGAGAACCCCUCUUCUAGCAGCACCAGCUUUUCCCCUCCUUUCUGGGGGACCAUUCCGGAAAUAUUUUAUUUGAUGUGGCCAAAAAUGAUAUGUUUUAUGGCAGUGAUAACGAACAUAUGACCUGCGUAUGCGAGGUGACAAAGCCACAACAUUUUUUUGUGUGACACACCUCCAUGCGCCAGCUUUAGAAGGCAGCUCUUCUUCCUAUGAGAACUUGGCUUUUGAAUUAAAGACAUGUAACCAAAAUAUUCAAAAAAAAUUUUAAUGCAGUAUUAUCACAGUAACACGCUAAUUUCUCUUGCAUAAUGGCUAUUAAUAGGUAAAGAAUUAUUCUCUUUGUACUGGGGUCUGGGGGUGGUCGGGUGGGCUGGGAGACAUACCACCAAAGCCAUUUUAAACAUCUUCCAUAUUUUGUUAUAUUUUAAAUGUAGCCAGAGCGUUCGCAAUCACUGCCAUAUGGAACUUAAGGGAGCAGCCCUGACUUUGAUGCCCUCAAGCUUUUCCUUUGCUCUCAUCCUACCACACGCGCAAAAAAAAAAUCAUUAAAAACUCACUAACUUUUAUUCCCUUGAUCUAGGCACCAGGUUAGAGAAUCAAUGGCAAAUGUGCCGCUAUAAUUUACACUGCAGUGUGCUUGUCUUGAUUUUUUUUUUUUUUUAAUGUUAUUUAUAACAAAACAUCUUCAUGUCAUUUGUAGCAAACACACUUUUUUUCCUCUUUCCUAUAAUUGUUUUAUAGAAAUUAAACUGUGUAUCAGACUUUCUCUUGCACUGGUUAAAACAAGCUAUUUCCUGGUAAAUGUUUCCACCCAUUUUUCUAAUGAUUUUAUAUUCUACCUCUGUUUGAUUGAUGAAACUGAUCAUCUUGAGAUCAUCAGAGCAAUGAAGCUAAGAAAAAUUAUGAAAUAUAUGUAAAGUUAUGAAAAUGAGAAAAGUAUGAGAUAUUUGUAUGAGAUAAAAAGAAGAUCAAAACAAGUCAUGUUUUUCAAAUGGCGGUGUUGUUCUUUUAACACUUUUUUUUUUCUUGUUCACGUUUGCAGAAAAGUUUACUUGAAAAGUUUCGGUUUUUUACUAUUCUUAGAUAAAUUUGAUUGAAAUGAAUAUCCCGUAACUCAGACAUUAUAUUGCCAAAAAACGCCUGAUUUUCCAUUUAAAAAUGGGGGGGGGAAAAAAAAUGUAAAUUGCAUUGUAGAAACUUCAAAAGAAUUAUUUUUGAAAGUCAUACUUUAAAGUAUAGGCAGUGUGUGAUAAAGUAAUGUGAAGAUAAUGAAAAGGUAAUGCUGCUAUUAUGAUUUUAUUCAUGGUGAAAUAGUUUGUAAUCUAUAAUAAUUCUCGUGUGGAUCUUUCUUGUCCGCAUUGUUCUUUCUGCACGCUGUGAUGGGUUCUCAUUCACUACUUCCCUGCGUGCAUGUACGCACCAAAUGCACACAAAAGAACACAUUCAUUACAAUUAAGGAUUUUUGGAUAUAUGGAGCUCAUCUGGGAUUAUUAUUAUAGAUAAGGCACUUCGUCCAGUGGUUGAUGAAACAGUUUCCUGUCACUUCUUUAAAAACAUUUAAUACUUGGAAAAUUUAAAUUUACAAAUGUUAAUUUCUAUGACAGUGUAUAAAACAAAAUCCACCACUUGCAAGUUAUUAAUAUAUUUCUUCUAUCUACAGCAGUAUUCCGAAAUGUUCUUCUAUGAAAGAGACUUAAGUUACAGAAUAUAUGUUUUAAUAUGGUUGACUUUGUACCGCUCUUCGAGCCUUUGAGCAUGAAGCGUGAUUUUCAAAUAAACUUUAUUAUUAUUAUUAUUAUUAUUAUUAUUAUUAUUAUAUGCUUUCCAUGUCAUUUACUUUAUUAAAAAAGAAAUAUCACCUUUUGCUUUGAUAUAUUUUUUACAUAUUGUUUGAGGAUUAUAGAACCAAGUAUGGCAUCGCUUUACAAUGCAUUUCAAUUGAGCUAUGUUACCUGUUAAAUUUUUUUUUGUUUUCAUCAACACUUUUUUUUUUCCUUCAUAUGACUUUGAAAACAUAGAGUCUCUGAUGUUCACAAGCUGAGUUAGAAUCUCUAAUAUCAUAUUUGUUCAAAACUGAGGUUCUGAAAUUGAACCUUCAAUUCAAAUUAUUUUUAUCUUUAUUAUCCGUUUUCUUCCAGUAUUGUAAAACUUUAUAUUGAAAUAGUUAAUAAGUUGUGACGAUUACUAUACAUGUUCAAAUUUAAGCACAUGGGUGUAAUUGGUCUGGCAAGGACUUGAAGAUACAAUUUAGAUAUCAUGUCUUUUAUGCUCAGAAUGUCAAAGGCUUAGAGCCUUUUUUUUUUAGCCAAAAUUUUUCACUAGAGAACUGAGUCACAUGAAAUCUUGUCUUAUCUUGUUCACCUCCAAUUAAAUUAAUUUAGUAAUUUCACCAAAUUAUACCAAAUGGAUAUUUUACUUUUUGAACUUUAAAUAUAAAAGAUAACUCAAUGUAACUCUUAAAAAAUGUGCAGCAAAUUAUUCUGAGAAGAAAUUCUUAGCAAGAAAUUAGCAAUGCUCCAAAAAUAACUAAAUAUAUUUUUAUCAAUUAUACUUCUUACUUUUUUGUGCCGUUUUUGUUUUGUUAUUGUCGCAUUUGAAAGAAACAACACAACAGAUGUUGCAUAAAACUCACACUGGUUGGCUGUCGGUUUAAACGCGUUUAAAUGAUUUUAAGAUUUGUGAUGCUUUCAGGAAGACUGAUUUAUUUUAGCUGUAGUUUACAUCUAGUUUGGAUUUUUUUCUCAUAGUUGGUUUUUUUAUUACAUCCAGAAUAAGUCUGUGUAAAAUUAAUUGUGUCAACAAGGACCAUGCAUUCUAUAUUAUAUUGUGUGCACCUUGACCUUCCCAGGACAUGGCUGAAGCCCAGCUGGACCCGGAUGUAAAUGAACUGAGGUCUAUCAGGCGGUCAGUUUUGGGUAGGUCGGUGGUAGACAGAACUGAUGGUCCGAGGCGGUCGGUGUCCAAGGUGCCGAUUCUGAUGUAUACAACAGGUGGGUGA